AUGCCGCCUCAUUUCUGUUUACUUAUUUGGGGGUUACCAUUGGUGCUAACAUGUCGCUUAAACAAAAUUGGGGUGCGGUUAUGGAAACGGUGGAUAAAAAACUCACUUCUUGGGGUAUAUGUAGAUGACCUACUUGUAACUGGUAGCUGUCACAAGCAACUUCAAGAUUUCAAAAGCGAGAUGAAUACCAAGUUUGAGAUGAGUGAUCUUGGUCUCUUAUCAUAUUACAUGGGCAUUGAAGUAAGUCAACAGGAUGGUGUUAUAACACUAAAGCAUGAAGCCUAUGCUAAGAAUUUACUCAUCAAGACACGGAUGUUAGAUUGUAACCCCACCAAGAGCCCAAUGGAACACAAGCUAAAGCUUCGCAGGGAUGAAGAAGGAGAGUUGGUGAAUCCCACUGAAUACAUGAGCAUCGUUGAAGGACUCAGGUAUCUGACCCAUACCCGUCCGGAUAUAUCGUUUGCAGUUGGAGUAGUAAGCCGCUACAUGGAAAGGCCAACUACAAAACACCUUCAAGCUGUUAAGGGAAUACUCAGGUAUGUGAAAGGCACCCUUGACUAUGGUCUGAAGUACUCAAGAGGAAGAAAAGAAGUUGUGAUUGUUGGAUACACUAACAGUGAUCUAGGGAAUGAUGUGAAUGAUAGGAGAAGUACAGGUGGAAUGGCUUUUUAUGUGAAUGGAAAUUUGAUUACAUGGGCCUCACAAAAACAUAGAUGUGUUGCCUUAUCCUCCUGUGAAGCAGAGUUUAUGGCAGCCACUCUAGCAGCUUGCCAAGGAAUAUGGCUUAGAAGACUCCUCAGGGAAAUAACAGGGCAAACUGUGCCACCUGUAACUCUGCUGGUUGAUAAUCGUUCAUCACUUGACCUCAUGAAGAAUCCAGUCUUUCAUGGAAGGAGCAAGCACAGAGAUAUAAGAUUCCAUUUUAUUCGUGAAUGCAUAGAAAAUGGGGAGAUAACAGUGAGUCAUGUAAGCAGCAAAGAGCAGAAGGCUGACAUACUCACCAAGACACUAGGAAGAAUUAAACAUGAAGAAAUGUGGAAUCUUAUUGGAGUCAAGAAGUUUUAA